UCUCUUUCUCUAUCUGUAGCUUGCCAGGUGGCGGCAUUCGUACUAGGAUUAAACGUGGUUAAGCAUCGAGCACGUGUACCUCAGAACGUCACAAUAAACAUUAUGGAAAAACAUAGAAAACCUAACGUUAUUCUCGAAGAACACGGCGUUCCCAAUGCGUCUGAAUACACGAAUUAUGAACCUGAUCGUGACUGGAACCUGCAGAAUUUUCGAAAAAUAUUUAAGAUUCAGGUUAUCAGGGAAUCCGAAGACGAACGAGAGUUGGAAUUUGACCUGAUAGGAUACCCGCUUAGUUUUGUUAAUGCCUUUCGUAGAGUGCUUUUGAGCGAAGUCCCAAGCAUGGCUAUAGAGAAAGUUUAUAUUAUAAAUAACACGAGUUUGAUUCAAGAUGAAGUCUUGGCUCACAGGCUGGGAUUGAUACCACUUCGAGCUGACCCACGAUUAUUCGAAUAUCCCUCUUCGGGUACCAAGGACGAGGACGAGGUCAGCGAUCAGGAUACUUUGAGGUACGAACUGAAAGUGUCCUGCACUUGGGAUCACCAAGCUCCAAAGGAUUCAAGGAGGACGACAGACAUGUACAAAAAUAGCAAUGUAUAUAGCAAAGAUAUUAAAUGGGUUCCUAUUGGACGUCAAGCUGAAAUCUAUUCUCGAGGUGCCGAGGACUUAGGAGUGUUGGAAGACGAUAUUUUAUUAUGCAAAAUGCGUCCUGGUCAGGAGAUUCAUGCUUUCAUGCAUGCAGUCAAGGGGAUUGGAAAGGAUCACGCUAAAUUCUCCCCAGUAGCUACUGCGUCCUACAGACUUCUGCCACAGAUAGAAUUACUGAGGCCAGUCAGAGGAGAAAUGGCAGAGCGAUUGAAGAAUUGUUUCAGCCCCGGAGUAAUUGAGAUAGUCGAGAGCAGAUCAGGCGAUCCUAAUUCUAGAGAAGCAAGAGUGAAGAACGCCCGUUACGACAGUUGUUCAAGGAACGUGUAUCAACACGAGGACCUCAAAAACUGCGUACGAUUAAGCAGAGUACGAAAUCACACUAUUUUUACGAUUGAAUCAGUAGGAACCUUGCCGCCGUCUGUGUUAUUCGUCGAAGCAGUUAAAAUACUGAAAGGGAAAUGUAAAACAUUUUUAGAAGAGCUCGAUAAUAUAGGAAAAUAAACUAAAGAUAUGAAACCAU